AGAAAGGUGCUCUACCAUAUUCCGAUUCUUUCAGCUCCACCGUAUCAUCUCUCGGUCGUUAUACAUGCGGCGGGGGGGACGUUCCAGACGGAGAGAGAGAGCGAGAAAACGUUCUCCUUCGAUCGGUGCUCGGCAAUCCCCAAAAGCUUUCAACGGCACAAUCUUCAUGAAUUCAAGAAGUACAGCGGCAUUCACUGUUUCCUGUAAAUCGGGAAACAAGAACAGCUUCUUCUUCUGGAUUUUGGUUUGCCUACUCCCAGGAUUCCUUGGAGCUCCAAUUGUGAACGUGAACUUCCUGUUGUUGAAGGCAGUUAUUACAAAUCUUUCCUCAUCAGUUUGCUUCUUGAAGGCUAUUGGAGGGAGCCAGCCAAAAUCAGCUUGUUGCCAUUAAUUGCCCGAAACACUUGCUAUCUAUUUAUUAUUCUGAAAGAUGGUUUUUUCUCAGUUACCCAGCCUGUCUGAGACCCACACAUGCAAGUCCUUUCAGAGCCAGCUGUUUGUUUGCGUGGACCCUCCUGAUGUCAUUCCCUUGGAGCACGUGGAAUUUGAUUUUUCUGAUGUGUUUGGUCCAAUGCCAGCUCAAGCCUCAGAAGUAAAUUUAGUGAAUUCAGGGAAUUCUGUGCCCAUUACGGAUUUGGGUGAAGUGGUUUAUGAUGAUCCGGUGGUCAUAUAUAGCCGAUCACAUUCGCUGGUCGGGCCCACAACUUGUGUUAACAAAAACUUGCAGCUCAGCAAGCUCACAUUACAUGAGACAGAGAAUUCACUGGAACUUGUAGAGUGCGUCACCAGGGAGUUCGCUGCAGAAGCUGAGGAGCCAUCUGUGGUUGAUGCUGAUGAUGUUAGCCCUCAAUUGAUGAAGAGUCAGGGUGUGGGACUUGAGGAUUUUGAGGUUAUGAAAGUUGUCGGGCAAGGCGCAUUUGGGAAAGUGUUUCAAGUGAGGAAGAAAGGUACUUCAGACAUAUAUGCAAUGAAAGUAAUGCGUAAGGAUAAGAUUAUGGAGAAGAAUCAUGCCGAGUACAUGAAAGCAGAGAGAGAUAUUUUAACAAAAAUUGCCCAUCCCUUCAUUGUGCAGCUAAGAUACUCUUUCCAGACCAAGUACAGACUGUAUCUUGUAUUGGAUUUUGUAAAUGGUGGACAUCUGUUUUUUCAGCUUUACCAUCAUGGCCUUUUCAGAGAGGAUCUAGCACGUGUAUAUACUGCUGAGAUUGUUUCUGCUGUUUCUCACCUCCAUGCAAAUGGCAUAAUGCAUAGGGAUCUGAAACCUGAGAACAUCCUCCUUGAUGCUGAUGGCCAUGCUAUGUUGACUGAUUUUGGCCUGGCAAAGCAAUUCAAGGAGAACACCAGAUCGAACUCAAUGUGUGGAACAUUAGAAUACAUGCCGCCUGAAAUUGUCCUUGGGAAGGGCCAUGAUAAGGCUGCUGAUUGGUGGAGUGUUGGCAUCCUUUUGUUCGAAAUGCUUACCGGAAAGCCACCUUUCAUUGGGAACCGGGAGAAGAUUCAACAGAAGAUUAUAAAGAAUAAGAUCAAGCUACCUGCCUUCCUCUCUAGUGAAGCUCAUUCUCUGCUGAAAGGGUUGUUGCAGAAGGAGACGAGCAAGCGCCUUGGCAGUGGACCCAAUGGCAGCGAGGAGAUAAAGAUUCACAAGUGGUUCAGAUCGAUCAACUGGACAAAACUAGACACUCGGGAGAUCCAGCCGAGCUUCCGCCCAAACGUUGCUGGGAAGCACUGCAUUGCCAACUUUGAGGAACGCUGGACCAACAUGCCGUUGUUGGAUUCUCCUGCAGCGAGCCCAAGGGCUGGCGAGAGCAAUUUCAUGGGGUUCACUUAUGUGCGGCCCACCCCUUAUCUUCGAAGGCGUGGUUCUUUCUACUAGACAGAACCUGCCGGCUCUCCCACCAUCCCAUAUGAUAAAUCAUAUCUGGCUUCUAUGCUCUGAUGUUGGAAGUGCUGGCAAUUGUUGCCAAUUUUCCAAGUGGUUGCAAAAAUAUGUUGAACCGCCAGCGGGCCCCACCGUUAUUUACGCGAGUAGGGAAUUUCCAUGUACAUUAGAGAUAACCUCGUAUUGACCUGUUUUAUUGAAUGAUGAUUGUUUUACUGUCGUUGCUGA